UGAACUGGCUGAAUUUUUUUUUCCAUUGCUGAGAGGAAAUCAUCCGUCUUGCAGGAAACGCUCACAUUACGUCCAGGAGGGUCGUUGAAGAAUUGAAGAGACAGCUUUCUGCUUGUGUGAGGAGAUUUAAAGGUUCAGAAAAAGCGCUUUAAUGUGAGCAUGUGAUGCGUUUAACUGAGUGUGCGCUUCCACAGGAAAAGACCCAGCUCCAUGCAGACUCAGGAAACAAGUCGACUGCAUGCAUGAAUCCGUCUGCAUCGCUCGGGAUUUGAUUAGCAAUUAAAGAAAACCAAUAAAACAAGGUAGAAGUUGCACCUGCGUCCUGCUAAUGUGACUGGGGGAUGCAUCCGGAGCGAAGUCACCCAUGAUCCCGGGCUGCGACCGUCUCCUCCUGGGCUGGAGAGGAGCCAGCAGGUCGCCCCACGUCCGCCGGCUGUUUGUUGGACUUAUGUCAGGGGAUCAUUCCUAAUUUUUUACUAACAGACUGCAAGUAUCACCUUCCAGGGAGAAAAUGGACACGAUGUGCGGACAGAAUGUGGAGCCCAUCGACAUCACGAAAAGGUCCCAAACGGAACCCAGGCUGGGAUGACGAUGGAACAGGAGAUUUGCGGCUUUAAGGUUACUGAGGUGCUAGAUGUCCCGCCUCCCUCCAGGUGAGACAGAGGCACACACACACUCUGUGCUCAUCCUGUGCCCAGAGACAUGGAUAAACUCACGGUGAUCUCAGGAUGCCUCUUCCUCACUGCAGACAUCUUUGCCAUCGCCAGCAUCGUCAACCCGGACUGGAUCAGCACCGGAGACUCAGCUGGCUCUCUGACUGUUGGAUUGGUCCGACAGUGCCAGACCAUCCACGGCAGAGACCGGAUCUGCAUCCCCCCGCAGCUGCCCCCCGAGUGGAUCACCACCCUCUUCUUCAUCAUCCUGGGCAUCAUCUCCCUCACUGUCACCUGCGGGCUGCUGCUGAUGUCGCGCUGGCGCCGCGAGGCUGCCCGAUACGCCCGAUGGAUCGCAUUCACAGGGAUGGUCCUGUUUUGUAUGGCUGCAUUGAUUUUCCCAAUUGGCUUCUACAUCAACGAGGUCGGAGGACAGCCAUAUAAACUUCCUAACAACACAGUGGUGGGCUCCUCAUAUGUACUCUUCGUUCUUUCCAUAUUCUUCACGAUAGUGGGACUACUGUUUGCUGGGAAGGUGUGCUUGCCUGGCUGACACAUCCCUCCUCUUUCUGCAUCUUUGGAGAAACAUCAUCGGAGGCUAAUGUAUUUUUUUUGUUUUUUUUAAACGAAAGGACGUUUCUGUGGAAAACUCAAGAAAUCACAAAGUGAAGCAUCUGUGUUCGUGUUGUGCUUCUCUCCAUCUGGAUCAUUUUUUUUGUCUGAUGUGCAGAGACUGAGCUGGUGCAAAGAGCUCUGCAACGGCCUUCAGUUUUGUCCAUACUGAUGGACAAGUAUGAAGUGGUGAACAGACGGGAGAAUAUUGAAAACCAUGAUAGAAAUGGAUUAAAACACCAGGAUUUCAAGAGAGGCCUGCGGUAUUAUCCAUCACCUUAAAACGUAAUGACAGAUAACAGAUAAGCCUGUCUUCUUUAAUCCCGUCUGAGAUGCCUGUUACUGAGAUAAGACUGAUGUCAGGCUUCUGGCUGCACCAAAUAUUGCCAGUAUUCUCCAAUAUGAUGGAGGUUCUUCCCUGAAACAUCAACAUGGACACUGUAAUAUAUCACAUGAAGUUUCACCUUUUUGACACAUUCUAUUUAUUUGUUUGAAUGUUCAGUUUUUGUUCUUUUGUAAAGGUAUUUUUUAUUAAAGGGCCUUUUAGUAAUCGCAGAGUUUCCCUGCUAUUGAAAUGUGUAGUCAAUCACUUUGCCUUAAACAGCUCAUGACCUUAAAAUAACUCUACAUCAUUGAGUUUCAUGGAAUCAAACUUGACAUCCUGGAUGUUACUCUGGUAUGUUAUGGAUAAAUGACAUUGCAAAAAAAAAAUUGUAUGGUGUUGGUUUAGCAAGCUUGUCAAUCAAACUCUUCUUUUGACAGUGAGUCAAUUCAAACUGGGGUCGCAUCCGUUCAGACUCAGGGGUGUACUAAGAAGAGGGAGUGUUGGGUAGACAUUAGACAAGGUAUUAUAGGUCUUAUAGGUAUUUUUAUUUCACAAAAGGGGGCUUUAAAUUAUCCUGAUGACUAAUUAGCCACAGUAACUCCUCUAAUAAUAACUUUAUUUAAUACUUUUCACGUUGGGUUCAAAGAACAAAACCAGAAUGGAAACACUAAAAAAUGAAGAUUAAAAUAUCACUUCAUGAAAAAAGUAGCAAUAAAAAACAACCAAAUCAGUUUGAUAAGAAACAUUAUUAUUAAAAGUGUUGACCCACAAUGUUACUUUAAUAAUACCACAAGAUGAAAUGAUGAUGCAGAUACAGUACAGUGGCACAGACUGUGCAUCAUGUUGCAGAUUUUUGCAAUAAGAACCGACCUUCAUUCAGUUAGUGAUGUAAAAUCUGAACCCCCCCCCCUGCAUUCUCCUCAUUGUUUCCAAUACAAACACUUAAAAUUUCACUUAGCAGAUCAUCCAUGCUCUGAAUGAUAAUGAUAUGUCUGAAUUCUGUGUCCUAAUUACAGUCUGUUUUACAUCACUGGUAUUACUGAUAGAAAGCAGUCUGUAGGUGAUUGUAAAAAGUCUCACUUAAUGAAGUUCUAUUUGGUUUGGCUGGUUUGAUGUAGGCCUAUUCUUCUUCAUGGGACGGUGUUUGAUAACUAACUUCCUUGACUUCACUGUUGAAGUCAUCUUAAUGUGCAGCCUCUGCAAAGGAAGUACAUUAAAGACACUAAAUCAAGUGAUCAUUUAAACAAUCCAAUGAAUUAAUUCAUGCAUCACCCUGCCUUUCUGUUUUGCAGCAAAGUGGUUGCUAAUAUAUUUCAGUAUACCCUGUCAUUGGUGUUGAUUCUAACAACAAUACAGGAGAGCCUUGGUUAAAAUAUCAGAUGAUAAAUACUGUACUUAUCUGAUUUGUUAACAUACCUUUGUGACACCUUCUGACGAAGACAGCUCAAGUAUGUCUAACUGACUUCCUGAUCCCCCCCCUUUAGACCCUCUGUUACAGCUUUGUUAUUAUCAGUGAUGUAGUGAAUGUAUUGUUCACCUUCUGAAAGUUUUUUCUGUACUAAACACUGUAUCAUGAAAUGACUGAAACUAGUUUGUUUUAUACAUUUUGGGAGCUGAUGCCGACUUUGUUUCUGUGUACAUGAAGUGACAGCAAGCCUUUGUCUUUUUCUAAUAGCACUGUAAUGUUGUUGAAUGAGCAUGGACGAUCUCAUGUCAUUAAAAAUAACUUUUUAGAAGGUUGAUUCUCUUGUCUGUUGCAUAUUAAUUUAAUUUAACUCUAUCAUCUGUGACGUUGGUGUAGGCUGGUGCACGCAAGGGGUCGAGAACGAGCAGGGAGACGUGAUUGGUUCAUAAAAAUCGCCCCGAGUGCAGACAAUGGUCGAAGUUUUUUCAGGCUCACAACUGCUACAGAUGACGGAUUUUCUUCGUUCCUUUUUCAGAGCACAUGAAUUAUUAAUUUCUGUCAGGACCUAAAGACAAAUUCAAGCAAAAUGUUUAAAAGUGUAUCUGGAGAAAAUUACCAACCCUGCCUUUAAGACUAUAUUCAGAUUUUAAGUGAGAGAAAAAAAAGAUACAGACGAGUUAGCAGUAGUAAAGAUGCAUCAUCACAACACAUAAAAUAGCAGUUUGUUUGAUAUUAGAAAACCAACAUGAAUCCUUCUGUAUUUUUGUUUGAAACUUCAGGAGACUGAAAGCUUUUCUGAGUUUAAAUUCCUGAAAUUUUUCCACAAUCUAUUUAAAAAAGGGACACAACUCAAGGCUAAGUAUUAGAAAUGAUAAUUAUUUUCAUAAAAGCACAUACUGGAGAUAUAUGAACUUCAUCUAUUGACCAACACAAAUACUGAGUUUCCUGCAGAUGCUUUUUCCUGUAGCGUGUAUCUGCAGUGAGGCAGAGCUUGUUUACUGCAGUAUCACACACCCACUUCUUAUCUACUGUGUACACAGAUGCACAGGAUGUUUAGGUUGCCAUGGGAAUGCCUUUGAGGAGUCUUUCACUCUGGUUGACAGUUGCCUGAAUCCAGUAUUGUGUAGAUGGUUACCUCCCACCCAGAAGUCACGUAUUCAAACCGCCUUUUGACCUUCAAAACAAAUCUCCCUGUCAAAGAGCUGCUACUUUAAACUGUGCAAAUACUUUUCUGUCAAUGUGUCAACUUUGUGCUUUCUUUUUUUGGGGGGAAAAUGUUGCGAUAUUCA